AGAGAACGGCAAAGAAGCAAAGGAUGAGGGCUCGGCCGCCGUCUGCGAGACCCUCCAUCACCAUGAUCGGAGUUAUCUACCUGUCAUGGGCGCACGGAGAGGUGGAGUUGGCUGCUUCGCUCCCUGCUGUGGCUUAAUGGAUUGGAGUAAUGCUUGAUGUAGCUAGCCGCGAGCAGACAGCCGCAGCAUACACCUGGCUGCCAUCCCUAAUGCGAUUAAAGCGGAAAGGGUGGCUGUGGGGAGACGGUGACAUUAGGCCCGCGAGGCUUCGGAACAUCAUAACCAGCCAUCGCAGUAGCUUCUCCCGGUUCGAAAUAGUCGAACCGGCCAUCUCGCAUCGCACACGUCAGGCGAACCAUGCUGCCGUCGCUGCAACCUUCACCGCGAUCGUGGCGCGAAUGCCAAGCCUAAACUGCAAGACCGGGCCAACGACAGCAGAGUCCCACGGGAACUUCCCAAACAUUCCAAGAGUAUCUCUUAGACGUCUCAUAUGCGCCAGCAUCAUUGCUGCUUAAUCCAAGUCAGAUUGGCUGGGAGGCUUGCUGGCCAUCCGUAGUGUCGUCUUACCGGAGUAUGACGGCCAAUAGGAAGGUCUGAGCACGGAGUGAUUGGGAAACAGGACCGUCAUGACCGUGCAAAUGUACUCAUCACUUCAGUC